UGUCAAUAGUUGAGCUGAAAUAACUAAGCGAAACAGAGAAGAAGAAGAAGUUAACGGUUUUCUCUUCAAUUCCUCAUUAAUUUUUCUUAUUACAAAUGUCGAUGAGUAUAACGCAUCAGAUUGGAGCACUCGCCGGAACUCCAAUUCAGGCGGAGGGAGUUGCGACAUCAGGAGAGUCAACGGCGGCAGUCAGCGCAGCUGCGGUGUGGAAGUCGCCGGUGGCGAAUAUACGUUGCCGAGUUCAGAAUCGGAAUAACGUCGACUCGCUAUCGCCACCUUUGAGUCCCUGUCGGUCGCCAGUAAUGGGCGGAAUAAGGGCGGAUCUGUCCGUUGCUUGCCAAGCGUUUGUUACGGAAGCUCUGGCGGUGGAUAUGGAGGCGCCGGCGGCGGAGAGAUAUUAUAAAGAGGUAAGGAGUGCCCAUGAAAAGGGAAAGGGAGUGCCGGUUUAUGUGAUGAUGCCGCUAGACAGCGUGACCAUGGGGAACACCGUGAAUCGGAGGAAAGCGAUGAAUGCGAGUUUGCAGGCGUUGAAGAGUGCGGGCGUGGAGGGGAUAAUGAUGGACGUGUGGUGGGGACUGGUGGAGAAGGAUGGCCCUGGUGUGUACAAUUGGGGAGGCUACACGGAGUUGCUCGAGAUGGCGAAACGCCAUGGCCUCAAGGUGCAGGCUGUCAUGUCCUUCCACCAGUGUGGCGGCAACGUCGGUGACUCUGUAACUAUUCCUCUACCCAAGUGGGUUGGUGAGGAGAUGGACAAAGAUGCAGACCUUGCGUACACUGAUCAAUGGGGGAGGAGAAAUUAUGAAUAUGUGUCUCUUGGCUGUGAUACCCUCCCUGUCCUUAAGGGUCGAACCCCUGUCCAGUGUUAUGCUGACUUCAUGCGUGCUUUCAGAGACAAUUUCAAACAUCUUCUUGGUGACACCAUUGUGGAAAUCCAAGUGGGAAUGGGUCCAGCAGGUGAGCUUCGUUACCCUUCAUAUCCAGAACAGAAUGGGACAUGGAAAUUUCCAGGAAUUGGAGCAUUCCAGUGCUUUGACAAGUACAUGCUCAGCGGCUUAAAAGCUGCAGCUGAAGCUGCUGGGAAGCCAGAAUGGGGUAGCACAGGCCCUACAGAUGCUGGUCACUACAAUAAUUGGCCGGAAGACACCCAGUUUUUCCGAAAGGAAGGUGGUGGUUGGGCGACUACUUAUGGUGAAUUCUUUCUUACCUGGUACUCUCAGAUGCUGUUAGAUCACGGUGAGAGAAUACUAACCUCAGCCUCGUCAACCUUUGAGAAUACUGGUGUGAAGAUCUCAGUUAAGGUUGCAGGAAUUCACUGGCAUUAUGGUACUCGGUCCCAUGCUCCUGAACUCACAGCUGGAUAUUAUAACACACGAUUUCAUGAUGGUUACCUUCCUAUUGCCCAAAUGUUGGCACGCCAUGGUGCAAUAUUCAAUUUCACCUGCAUCGAGAUGCGUGAUCACGAGCAGCCCCAAGAUGCCCUCUGUGCUCCAGAGAAGCUUGUCAGGCAAGUGGCUCUAGCUACUCGUAAAGCCAAGGUUCCACUUGCAGGGGAAAAUGCUUUGCCACGUUAUGAUGACUAUGCACACGAACAGAUCUUACAAGCAUCAUCUUUAAAUAUUGAUGGCAAUUCGGAAGAUAUGUGCGCAUUCACAUACUUGAGGAUGAACCCCAGCUUGUUCCAACCAGAUAACUGGAGAAGGUUCGUGUCAUUUGUGAAGAAGAUGAAGGAAGGGAAGGAGGCUAACAGAUGUUGGGAACAGGUGGAGCGAGACGCCGAGCAUUUUGUGCACAUUACCCAGCCCUUGGUGCAGGAGGCUGCUGUUGCUCUCAUGCACUAAGAAUCAUACUAUGGGGAAUCACGGCCUUGGAUUAGGCUUUUGCUUUCAGUGCACGGAUCAUACUAAUGGGGAUGAUGGCCUUGGACUGGCAUUUCUUUUAAGUAAUAUGAGUGUCUAAUUCCUUGCUUUGCUAUAGCUCCUUUAGUUUUAGUCAUGUGGCUAUAGCACUGUAGAAUAUUGUAACUACAGAAUGAGAAUCCUCAGCAUCAGAUAACUGUAUCAGUUCCACAAUCUAGCCAGACAUUCUGAUGUUAUGAUGUGGUUGGUCCUGUGUUUUCAUUGUUGUUGAAUGGAUUGGGUAAUUAUGGUAGCAAGGGUA